AAGAUUCACAUGAUGAUCCACACUGGAGAGAAACCAUUCACAUGCACUCAAUGUGGGAAGAGUUUCAACCAAUCAUCAAACCUUAAUCACCACAUGAUGAUCCACACUGGAGCUAAACCAUUCACAUGCACUCAGUGUGGGAAGAGUUUCAACAGAUCAUCACACCUUAAUUAUCACAUGAGGAUCCACACUGGAGAGAAACCAUUCACAUGCACUCAGUGUGGGAAGAGUUUCAACCAAUCAUCAAACCUUAAUCACCACAUGAGGAUCCACACUGGAGCUAAACCAUUCACAUGCACUCAGUGUGGGAAGAGUUUCAACAGAUUAUCACACCUUAAUUAUCACAUGAUGAUCCACACUGGAGAGAAACCAUUUACAUGCACUCAGUGUGGGAAGAGUUUCAACAGAUCAUCACACCUUAAUUAUCACAUGAUGAUCCACACUGGAGAGAAACCAUUCACAUGCACUCAGUGUGGGAAGACUUUUAACUGCUCAUCACACCUUAAUCAACACAUGAAGAUCCACACUGGAGAGAAACCAUUCACAUGCACUCAGUGCGGGAAGAGUUUCAUCCAGUCAUCAUCCCUUAAUCAACACAUGAGGGUCCACACUGGAGAGAAACCAUUCACAUGCACUCAUUGUGGAAAAAGUUUUAACUGCUCAUCACACCUUAAUCAACACAUAAAGAUCCACACUGGAGAGAAACCAUUCACAUGCACUCAGUGCGGGAAGAGUUUCAUCCAAUCAUCAUCCUUUAAUUAUCACAUGAUGAUCCACACUGGAGAGAAACCAUUCACAUGCACUCAGUGUGGGGAGAGUUUUAGCAAAUCAUCAUUCUUUUAUAAACACGUUGAAGGAACUCAUGGGCAUAUUGCAGUGGUCAACACGAGUUGAAUCUGAAAUCUUGGGCAUCUGCAAAUUGUCUCAGUCAUUGAACUGGCUUAAGGGCUUAAACCAUCACGAUAACAAAGCACCAAUUGAUUUUGGGUUAUUCUGACCAAUACUUUGGCCGCAAAUGUUCCAGGUACCCUUCAGCAAAAUUAGUAAAUGAUUUAAACUAAAUAAAGGGGCUUUACAGGAUUUUCAGCAGAAACCGCCUCACGAGACUUUUGAAUGACUCCUCUACAUGGUCAUGUGCUUUGGGCACAUCCUGUCAGAUGCACAAUUUUGUAGAGACAAAAAAUCUCUAGAAACAUUAAUGCAUACAAAUGAAAGACAAUCUCUUAAAAUGUUAGAACUAAGGCAGAUGUAUCUUUAAAUAAUAAACCAUAAUGUUCCUCAUAUGCUGUGGUUAUUUCAAUCAACCAGGUUAAUCGAUGUGUUGUUUUAACCCUUAAAGCAGAAUAAAUUGAUCUGUAUUUGUCUGAAAUGUAUGAUAUCUGGUCUUGAAUGAAAGGUAGUGACAUUUGCAAUCUGUUGAUGUAAGGCUGGGCGAUUUUUCAAAUUUUUUUUCAGAUUAAUUCGAAUUUACGUUUUCAGACGAUUUAAUUUUGAAUCAAAUUGAGAAAUUGCGAUUUUAAAAAAAAAAAUAUAUAUAUAUAUAUUUAAUACAUUAUAAUGGCAAUGCGCUUUGGUUCACUCUGUAUGAAGCUGGAAGCACACCAGAAGCGCCUCUCGGUGACUCGCCGCACCACGAUUCAGGACGCAGGUCAUAUUUCAGCCGCGCCACAGAGCGCCAUCUGAUUAGUUUCAUGUUAAACAUUAUGCGAAUGUGCGCGUCUGGGGUGUGAUACUUUAAACUGUCAUGUGUCGCGGUGCUUCUGGUGUCCGACCUGCUUGACUUUCUGUUAAAACGUGAUGUCAUGUAGGAUUUUACUUGUUGCAUUAGUCUGAGUCACGUCUGUGUGUAUUGUCAAGACAUAUUACCUUAUCAAGUCGAUAAACUAGAUCUCAACAUGUUUGAAGGAUGUAAAAGCCUGCCAUGUGAAAAACUGCGCCGAUCUUUUGGUUUGAACACAAGCAGAGGUGAGGGCCAGUAAAACAUGCAAAAAAUCCCUUUGUAUUCCUGCAAAAACAAUAUUUACACAAAUAUUUCUUAUUUAAAUCGUCAGCAACCCUAUUUAACUCGUUAAUUUGUUUAACAUUUAUUUACACCUUGACCGAUUUUUGUAUGACAUGG